ACAGUGAGCAAAAUGUGAGUGUGCUGGAGUUAGGCACUUGAGCGAAGAACAAAGGACUCCCCAGGGAGACUGUGAAAUGAAGAAGGAAGACGUGAGAGAAUGUGACUGAACUUGUUCUUUCAUUCCCCAGAAGCCUGUGGUGUAAGACUAAGAAUGAAGAGCAUUUAGAAAUCUGUACUCACAAACACCUGAGACUGUGACUUUACUUUAUGCAAAUAUGCUGGAUUUAUUCACAGAGAAUAUGAAAUGACAGUAGAAGCCACACAGAAGCCUUUACAGGCCAGACGGAUGGUCAUGUACAUUUCGUGUGAGAAAUGAAGGAAGGCUUUAGGUGAAGGAAGUAGCCUCUUGUUGUCAUGUGACUAUCACUUCAUAGAAACCACAGUGCAGACACCAACCGAGACCGAGACAGGGCACAGGAAAGUGACGCUACUGUCUGCUUAGAAUUGUACCAUGCCAAACUACAAAUUGAUUUAUUUUAAUAUGAGGGGGAGAGCAGAAAUUAUUCGUUAUAUAUUCGCUUACUUGGACAUAAAGUAUGAAGAUCACAGAAUAGAACAAGUCAACUGGCCCCAAAUCAAACCAACUAUUCCGUUUGGCAAAAUCCCUGUUUUGGAGGUGGGAGGACUUACGCUUCACCAGAGUCUGGCAAUAGCAAGAUAUUUGACUAAAAACACAGAUCUGGCUGGGAAGACAGAGUUGGAGCAAUGUCAAGCUGAUGGUAUUGUGGACACACUGGAUGAUUUCAUGUCACUUUUUCCAUGGACGGAGAAAAAUCAGGAUGUAAAAGAUCAAACGUUCAAGAAGCUGCUCACAUGUCAUGCACCUCUUCUUCUGAAAGAUUUGGACACAUACUUAGGGGACAAAAAGUGGUUUAUUGGUAACUAUCAGGUAACAUGGGCAGACUUCUACUGGGAUAUCUGCAGCACCACCCUUUUGGUCUUAAAGCCUGACUUGUUGGACAUCCACCCCAAGCUGGCGUCAUUGCGCAAGAAAGUUCAAGCUAUCCCUGCCAUUGCUGCCUGGAUACAAAAGAGGCCACAAACCAAACUCUGAUCCAGGCCCCAGCACCAGACAAGAGCAACAUCAGUCUGCCAGAUGAGCCACACACUUCUAACUACACCAGGACUCUCUAUUUUGUAUUCUGCUUGCUCUGAUCCCUUUUGUUGUUUUGUUUUUCUUUCUGUAGGCAUUUAGUUUACAGUAUCUACUUUUUCCAGAAUUCUACACUUCAGUAAUUAGAAAGAAAUAGUUCACAAUACAUAUUGCUAUUCAUUGAUUAUCAUUGGAUGCUUUACUAGCUUCCUGGCUAGUGUGUCAUUUACCACAGUAUCUUACCUAUAAGAAAUCCUAUGAAAUAUGGAUUUUGCAGAUAGACCUUCAAUCAACAAAUCAUUACACUAAAAACCAAUGCCCACAAUGCUCAGUGGCCAACCAUGUCACUGGCCACCACUGUACAUGUUAUUUGGGUAUAUGCCAAAGAGUGUAGGUUGCUUUCCAAAAAUAUACAUCUGUCUGACAUGUCACACAUUGGGUACUAAAAAAGGGAACUCAUAAGAUUAAAAGACAGCCACAGAAAAUGAUAUUGGAGCUUACUCAAAUUCAGCAGAAGUUACAGAAAAAGCUGACUGUGAAUUCAGCACUGCCACAAUUCAGGAGGCUGUAGACAAAGGGGCUUCAGCUCACUGACAUAGAAAGUUAGAUGACCCAGAGACAAGGGACAGUGGGUUACAAUAAACAUUUUCGGCAAAAAACAAAUCAGUGGAACAAGAAGACAGUCCACAGACUGAGAAAGUGAUAAAGAACUGCUGAAAAUAGAGUCACAAAAACAAAGAAAUGCCAGCCAAGAAGUGACACUUAAUGAAGAUAAACGGUGGCCAUGAGCAUGCAAAGAGGUGCCAAAAUAAUGGCAUCUGGGAAUUAUUAGUAGCAGUGCAGACCAGAAAUAGUAAGAAUCUCAGACAGAAAAAACCAAAACCAAAACCACUGGAGAGGCAGUGAAGUAACAGGAACUAGAACUGACUGAUGACGAAACGCAAAAGAUGGCAAGAUAAAACCUUGUUUCUUACAAAACAAAAGGCCCAAUAAUAGUCUCACACUGUGGUGUUCACCCAAAUGAGCUCAACGCAUGUGUAUACCAAGCUUGAACAUGCAUUUUGGGUGCUGCUUUACAUAUAGCUGUCAGAACUUAAAAUCUCUUCAGAAGGAAAUAAAGAAAUAAACCUUAAUACACAUACAGACCAGGGAUGGUUACUACUCAGGGCUAAUAAGCCAUGAACAGAACAUGGGUGAGCCAUUACACAGCCAAACAAAAGGAGCCCACACAAAAAGAAUCCAACUACAGAUACGAUUGGGAAAAGCCAAAUGAUUAGGACAGCAGAAGAGGAGUGGCUGCCCAGGUCAGUGGUGACUUGGUCAAGAGUGGUGGCAGGUACAUAUCCUUAUUUAUAAACUGACUCAGAAUGCAGAACACCAAGUCAGCUGUAAAGCAAACCGUGGCCAAAAGGAGAGCAGAUGUUGAAACCAGAGAGACUGUAGGUGUGAGGACAGGAGUGUAUGAGACCGCUCCUUAGUGUUGCUGUGAACAUGAGUCUGGAAAACAAAUAAAAAUCCAAAAAUC